UUUAGACCGUGCAGGCAGAGAUAACACUCCAUCUCCAAACCUUUAAUUUUAAGAAGUGGGGCAUUCUUAUAAUUUCUACACUGAUAAUAUUUUUUCACUGGUUUGUUUGCACGUCGUCGCGAAAGGUUUUUUACCACCCAAAUUACCCAGCAGACUAGAUCCUUUCUUCAGCGUAAUGGGUUUGUACUUUGAAACUUGCAUUGGGAUUAGAGACCACGUGUGGGUCUUUGAAGUGUAGCAGAACACAAGCAUAUUCAUUCCUUCACUUCUUUGUCAAGAGCAUUGUUCGCGUCUAGUGUCUACGUUUCUUCAGGUUCCUGAAUGUCCAGCUGAGGUUUGCAGCCCGAGACAAAAUGUCUGGCAGAGGCGGGCUGCGAGGCAAAGGCUGGGCCUUGCUGCGCCGCUACGUGCGGAUCCUGACCUGGCUGCCGCGCUACACCCGGGCCGAUGCCCUGGGCGACCUGGUGGCGGGCGUCACGCUGGGACUCACCAUGAUCCCGCAGAGCAUCGCAUGCGCCUCCCUCAUGGGCCUCACCGCCGAGUACGGCCUGUACUCAUCCUUCAUGGGCGGCCUGGUGUACAUGGUGUUCGGCACCAUCAAGGAGGCCUCCAUAGGCAUCACGCUGAUGGUAUCACUGGUCACCUUCGAGUACACGCACAGCCUACCCGUCGAGUUCGUGUUCCUGCUGACACUGCUGUCUGGCUGCGUGCAGCUGCUCAUGGGACUGCUCAACCUGGGCAUCCUGGUGGACUUCAUCUCCGUGCCGGUGACGUCGGGCUUCACCUCGGCGGCUGCCAUCAUCGUGAUGACGUCGCAGCUAAAGGGCCUGCUGGGGCUGACUGGCUUUCAGGCGCGCAACUUCGUGGACAACGUGCGGCAGCUGGCGAGGCACUUGCACCGCACCAGCAUGUGGGAUGCCGUGCUGGGUGGCGCCUGCAUCGCCGUACUGCUCGCCAUUAGGAAAAUGAAAGACAUACGUUUUGGGCCGAAGCAAGUGGAGAGGCAGACUGCCGUACAGCAACUGGUCAACAAGUUCUUCUGGUUCUUUUCCAUAUCCCGAAACUUUUUCGUCGUUCUCGUCUGUUCCUUGUUAGCAUUUAAAUAUGGAACCAUGAACAUUUCGCCAUUCACGCUCACAGGCGCCAUCCCGGCAGGGCUGCCGCGCUUCGGGCCGCCGGCCUUCUCCAUCGACACGGGCAACACCACGUACUCCUUCGUGCAGAUGUGCGAGCGUCUGGGCCUGGGCAUCGUGGUUGUGCCGGUCAUCAGCGUGCUGGCCAACGUCGCGAUCGCCAAGGCCUUCUCGUCCGGGAUGUCCUUGGACGCAUCGCACGAGAUGCUGACCCUGGGACUCUGCAACGUCCUCGGCUCCUUCGUGCAGUCCGUCCCGACGACGGGGGCCUUCUCCCGGAGCGCCGUCAGCAACGCCAGCGGCGUCCGGACGCCCAUGGCCGGGCUGUACUCGGCGCUGCUGAUCCUGCUGGCGCUCAGCUACCUCACGCCUCACUUCUACUACAUCCCCAAGGCCGCGCUCUCGGCCGUGCUCAUAUCCGCCGUCAUGUUCAUGAUAGACUUCCCCAUCAUGGCGCGCCUCUGGAGGAAGAGCAAACGGGACCUGUUGGCGCUGGUGCUCACGUUGGUGAUAUGCCUGAUGUUCGGAGUGGAGAUCGGCCUGCUGAUUGGCACGCUCUUCAGUGCCGCGCAGCUCCUCUACUUCUGGGCGCGACCAGCCAUCCGUGUCAACGUGUGCAAGGGCAAGCGCGGCGGGGAGUACGUGCUGGUGACGCCCGACAUCGGACUGCUGUACCCGGCCAUGGACUACCUCAGGACCGAGCUGGGCAAGGUGGCCUCGCGAGACGCCAAGGGCAAGCUACCCGUCGUCAUCAACUGCGCCUACUUCAAGGGCUUCGACUACACGGCAGCUGAGGGGCUGAAAAUUAUACUGAAUGACUUCAAAAUAUUCCAGCUGCCCUUAGUUUUCGUUAAUAUCCCCCAAAAUUUGUUGGAGUUGAUGAAAACCAAUGAUUUGGGUGAUGUUAUUCAGCAUGUAAACUCAGAUAAAGAAAUUGUGGAAAUACUGUUUGGAGAUCCGGCCACGACCGACAGCUGCUCGCAGGAGACGCGAGUGCUGCUGGAGGGACGGGCGGACAACAGCGAGGGACAGCGCGACGAACGGGACAACGCGGCAGUCGCAAGAGACGAGUCGUGACUCCGGUCAGACGUGACCUCGGCGCUGCAGGGUGGUGUGAUCAACACUUUAUCAGAUCAUUGAACGUUUCUUUGUGUCACAGUUCAUUUUUUUUUUCUUUCUCGAGACAAGACUUCAUUUACUGAAUUGUUAAACAGUAAAAUUCAAUUCAUUGCUAGGGUGUCAACCCAGAUCUGUAAUAAAAUUUCCCCUGAGUUUUUCAUGUGUCUCCUUAACCAAAAUUUCAUAUUUCCCAAUUAAUAAAAAAUAAAUAACUUAACCAAUUUUGCAAUUUUCUGGAAGAAGAAAAGAAAAUUCGGCAUCCAUCUUCCCCAUUGUUGGCAUACUUCUUUCUCCAGUUUCUUAAUUUCAAAAACAGAACCGUGCGUAAAACCAGUUUAUAGCGUGAGUGACCGGGCUCCUGGAUUUUCAAGUCAAUUCCCUGACAUUCCCUGAACAAUUGCAAAUCCUUCCCUGAAUUUUCCAGAAUGUUGACACCCUGAUAAAAUGCUCAAUAAAAUUACAGCGGAAGUUCUGUA